UAAAACCUGCGAACACGCCGCUGCCUCCAAACUGCCUGGGGGGUGAUGUGCUGAAGUGGCGGAGGGGAGAGCAGCAUGAGGCUCCAGCUGGAGAAGCAGCUCCUCUUCCUCUCCCUCCUCUGCAUCCUCUCCAAGGUGUGUGCCCAGCUGUGCCGGAGACCAUGCUACUGCCCCUGGGUGCCACCCCACUGCCCCCGUGGGUCCCCCCUGGUCCUGGAUGGCUGUGGCUGCUGUAAGAUCUGUGCCCGGCGCCUGGGAGAGCCCUGCGACUUCCUCCACGUCUGCGACCAGAGCCAGGGCCUCGUCUGCGACUACAGCGCGGCGCCCGCGGGGACAGGAGCCACCUGCAACUUUGAAGACAGCGAGGAGGGCUGCGAGUUGAACGGCCGGGUCUAUCGAGAUGGGGAGGUUUUCCAGCCCAGCUGCAAACUCCAGUGCCGCUGCCUGGAUGGGGGCUUCACCUGCAUCCCGCUCUGCCAAGAGGAUGUCCGGCUGCCCACCCCGGACUGCCCCUACCCGCGGCGUGUGGAGGUCCCGGGGAAGUGCUGCCCUGAGUGGAUCUGCGAAGCCCGGGACCAGCACCUCCUCCGGGAUGCUGCGGCAGCCCCUGGGGCAGUGUCCCCGCUGCUGCCAUACCCCUGCCAGGAGUGGGGCACGGAGUGGAGCGCCUGCUCGGCCACCUGCGGCGUGGGCUUCUCCACCCGUGUCUCCAACCAGAACCACUUCUGCAGGCUUGAGACUCAGAGGCGGCUCUGCGUGGCCAGACCCUGCCCGGCCCUGCCGGCAGCAUCCCCGGCGAGGGGAAGAGGAGGUCGUUUGUAGCUGUGCCCACCCCGGUCGCAUCCCAGAGCCAACGCCUCAUCCUGGCAAAGAGUCUGGCACAAGCCCACGGCACUGUGGUUUUGGUGGAGAUGGAGGACAUGUCCCUUGGGAAACUGGGGAAGAACUGAUGGACUUUGGCUGUGAAGGAGGGUGGAAAUAGAGAACAAGAGCCCCAUGUUACCCAGCACCUGCCUGCUCUGUGCCCCACACUGCCCCAGGCAGGGUUACUGGGAAGAAUCCCUGAGUUUCUGAAUGAAAUGAGAAAUGGGGAAACCCUGCCCCGAGUGUGAACCUGAGAAACUAGGAAGUGGUCCUUUGCUGGAUCGAUGGGGCUUUUGGCGAGGUGAUGCUGCUCCUCCAGCACGUCCCUCACGCACGCAGCUCUGCUCUGUGGGGGCUGUGAGAGACAGUCUCCAGCACCUGGAAGCCCAAAUUCCCAGGGGAACCCUCACACCCUGGUGCCUCCCGGGGAAGGAGGAGGUACAUGGGGCUGCACACCACCAACCACCACCACGCCAGACUGAGCGGCUCGACCGUGCACGAGCUCAGCCGUCCCACAAUUAUCCACCCUGCAGCCCAGCGGCCGCCUUCCUGGGCACGGGGCAGAGGCAUCCUCCUGAUGGCAGCUCUAAUUCACCUUCCCCGCAUCUCUCCAGAAUAAACACGAACCUUCCUGCUCCUCCCGGCCUCCUCCUCUCCAAAGCGCUGGCGGUUUGGCAGGGCUUUGGCGAGCGAGGAGCUCAGACGCAGGAGACACCCGCUCCGCAGCAGCAGACAUACCGCCUGCCAUCCAACCCUGCGCGCCGGGGCCGAAAGAAAAGCAGAAAAAAGAAAAAAAAAAAAAAAAAAGAGAGAGAAAACAAGUCGCAAAGAGGAGUCGGGGCCCUCUCCCCACGGGCUGGAGCUGCUCCAGCUGUGCAAGAGUCAGCGCAGGAGAGCGGCUCGGCAGCUCUGCCUUAACUUUUCUCACCGCGAUGAUCCUCCUGGGUGACUGAAAAAUGAAACCCAAAUGCCCUCUAACGGCCUGGCACCAGCGUGCAGAGGGAGCGCGUGUCCCACACUUGGAAGGAGCAGCAGUUUAGGUGACGAUCUCUCCGGGUGAGAUCUGGACAGUGUAGACGUGCGUUUGCGGAAUUGAAAAUAAAGAUGUGCUCAUCUCGGUGCGGAGCUUGCCUGAGCCUGUGAUUGCAGGAUGAUCCCGGCUCCGGUGAGCCCCCAGGAGCUCUGCUCACUCCAACCUGGCUGCUGCAGGAAAAGCCUGACCCAGGACCCUGGCGGCUUAGAGGCACCUCAAUUCUGGCUGCUUAGAAUAA